AUGGUUCGUCAAAAUGAUCAAAAAGUUCGGGAAUUCAUCCUUGAAUUGCAGAAACAAGCUGCCAAGUGUAAUUUCGGUGAUCAACUUCAUGUACAACUUAGAGAUCGAUUAAUUGCAGGAAUCAACAUACCGAGUUUGGAAAGAGAGCUGUUAAGAAUGCCAAACUGUUCCUUUCAAGAUGCUAGAACUGCGUGUAUUAACUAUGAAGCAGUAAAUGAACUUGAUAUCCAGUCAAUGAAGAUUUCUAAUACUUUGCUUAGUUGUCCUGAUGAACUACAAUCUCAGGGUCAAUCGAACUUGCGUUCAUUUAACGGUGAAUCCUAUUCUCGUGUAAAUAUGAAAGGUGUUUCAACAUGGAAUUACAAAGCAAAUCACAAAGAUGAGAUGAAGUUUGGUAAAUGUUUAUCAUGUGGAAAGUUUCAUCCUCGUAAUUCAUGUGCAUUUCGUAAUGCUAAAUGUUUUAAAUGUGGUAAGAUAGGACACAUUCAGUCAGUUUGCAAAGCUACUGUCCAUUUUGCUUCAAGUAGUACUAAAUCCUGUCAUUUAAAUCUCAAUAAUUCGGAUGUUUCUAGCGAUCAUUUAUCUUUAUCUACUAUUUCGAAAGGUAAUGCUCAUAUUCAAAAGCGACUAUAUACAUCGCUUGGUUCAUUUCAUGACUUUAUUGUGGACACAGGCAGUAUAGAGUCCAUUAUUUCAUUCAAGAACUUGAAAUUCUUAGAUCCUAACGUUGUAGUACGACCCACUGAAGUAUCAAUAUUGGGGAUUACUGGACACAGACUGCCCAUACGAGGAUGCUGUGAAUUGCUAAUAAGAGAUGAUAAUUCUUCAAAUGGUUGUGGACGGAAUAGAAGAAGCUUUCGCUUAACAGGCUUCCGUGUCUAG